AUGUCUUCAGAUCCGAACACUCAAGGCGCUUCCCCUGCCGAUGGCAUCAAUCCUUCCCACACAUACGUCCCCAACAAAGGCUAUGCCGAUUCUGAUGGCACAACCCCCGCCAUGGCGGGGCAAGAUCUGACUCCCGAAGACGAAGAUUACGAAAACGAUGAAUAUUACGAUGAUAUUUUCGAGGAGGAGUUGGAUGAAGGUGACUUCAGCUCGUCAAACCCGGCAGACCUCACAAAAGCCUACAACCGCCAACGGAAGACCAACGAGCUCGCCGCCGAUCCUAAUGCUCCCAAGUGGACGUACCCGAAGACGAACACGCAGAAGCCUACUGUCAAUACAUACGCAUCCGUCGAUGAUGAAGUAAAGUCGCUGACUCGACACGCGGCCAAGAUCAAGCUCGACAAUGUGCAGUCCGGACUGGCGGUGCGUGGUGGGAGCGGUACCGAUAGGGCGGACAGAGCUACGUCUGAGCAGGUGUUGGAUCCCCGAACUCGCAUGAUCCUUCUCCAAAUGAUCAACCGCAACAUCGUUUCCGAGAUUCACGGGUGUCUUUCCACCGGUAAAGAGGCCAACGUAUACCACGCCAUGCUGCAACCCGAAGACGACUUCGAUGCCCCGCCGAUCCACCGCGCCAUCAAAGUAUACAAGACGAGCAUUCUGGUUUUCAAGGACAGAGACAAGUACGUUACUGGAGAGUUCAGAUUCCGCUCCGGGUACAACAAGAGCAACAACCGAGCGAUGGUCAAGCUGUGGGCCGAGAAGGAAAUGCGCAACUUGCGGAGAAUCUAUGCUGCCGGCAUCCCCUGCCCUGAGCCUAUCAACCUACGACUCCACGUCCUCGUCAUGGGCUUUGUCGGAAACUCCAAGGGCAUAGCCGCUCCUCGACUGAAGGAUGUUGAGUUUAGCAUUCCUGAUCCUGAAACAAGAUGGCGUGAGCUCUACAUUGAGAUGCUGGGGUACAUGCGUGUGAUGUAUCAGACUUGCCACCUGGUGCACGCCGAUCUUAGCGAGUACAACACCCUUUACCAUAACAACAAGCUCUACGUUAUCGAUGUCAGUCAAAGUGUGGAGCAUGAUCACCCUCGCAGUUUGGAAUUCCUACGUAUGGAUAUCAAGAACGUCAGCGAUUUCUUCCGCCGAAAGGGCGUCGAGACAAUCUCCGAGCGCGUCGUUUUCGAGUUCAUCAUCUCUGCCGAUGGCCCAGCCGUCGUGUCGGAGGAGUUGAGCGAGGCUGUGGAGAAACUUUUCUCAAUCGAAGUCGAGGGCGGAAACGAAGUUGACACCGCUGUUUUCCGUCAGCAGUACAUUCCUCAGACCUUGGAUCAAGUCUACGAUUAUGAACGUGAUGCGGAGAAGGUCCACGCCGGUGAGGGUGCCAACCUUGUAUACAAGGAUCUCCUUGCCGGUGACAAGCCUUCCGCUCCUGCAGACGAAAGUGCCGAGUCCGACUCGGAGGUCAGCGGUGGUGUCUCGGUUGAGGGUUCUGACUCUGACGAUGAUGACGAAAAGGAUCCUUUCGAGAAGAAGACCCCUCGAGGAAAGCGUUUUGAGGACAAAGACUCCAAGAAGGACCACAAGAACAAGGUCAAGGAGGAGAAGCGCGAGAAGCGGGCUAACAAGAUGCCCAAGCAUUUGAAGAAGCGCCUUGUCUCCUCGUCCUCCAGGAAGCGCAAGUGA